AAAAAUAAUAUGAUGGUUAUACGUUACAGGUUCACUUUGUAAUAAAAUACGUAGGACACGUUUGUUAUACGUCUUUUAGUUUUGUCUUUUUAUAUUCGUCUUAAGCAUUCAUUCUGGAACUCAACAUGACUGAAGAAGAAUCCUCUUACCCAGUACCGUUUGAGCUGUAUGAUCCUCCUCGGAGUUCUCGGCUGGGUCUGUUUCAUGCAGUUUGUGGAUGGAAAAAUGCGGACGUGAAGUUUACUGUCAGUAAGAUCAAUAAGAUUAAAUAUGAAUUGGCGAAUCACUUCAAAAUCGAGGAUUUGGAAAAGUAUAAAAGCAAGCUUCAGAAGUUAUUCACCGAGUCGAAUAACGGUAUCAGGGAAAACAGAGCGUCCCGUUUGAGAUUUCAGGAAAAAAUUGUGGAAAACCAAUUCCACACAGGAAAAUUACAAGAUCAGAUCUUGAACAUUAAAAUGGAGAUAUUGCAUUACAAAAAGGUUGCAGCCGAAAUGGAGAAAUACGUGGAGGGUUACUCCUUGUACGAGAACUUCUUGGAGAGCGUGGCGCAGGUGUCUCCGGAGUUCAACAGCGGCGGUGACAUCCUCAACCGAUUCGAGACACUGGAAAGCACGAGGAUGGCGUGCUCCCACCUUGUGGAGCAAGAACUGGAGGGUUUCUCAGAGAUGAAGAGAAAGAUGAUCACACUACUGGAGACAAAGUCGACUGAGUUGAAGGACCUGGAUAAUAGAAUAGUGGCGGUGCAGGUACAACAUAAACAGGCCAAGGAGCGCCGCAUGUUUUUUGAACACGCAAUAGAAGGGAUGAAGUUAAUGAUCGAACAACACAAGGAGGGGUCUCUAGUUAUAUCCGGAGGCUGCUGGGACCUGUACCAGCAGAUCUGUACUCACCGAAAAAUCAAACCGAAACUCUCCCAGAGUGAUUUGAAGGGCCAGCUAGACUUCAUAGAGAAGGAAAUAACUUUCAUGAAAGAAGUGAGCACACUUGUAAACUCUAAUAUGCAAGUACAGAAAAAAUAAAUUUCAAAAUCUUUUUGUGACAUUAGCGUACAUACGCACUAGUCUAGGCUUCUUGUAUGAAGAGGUCUGUAAUUCUAUUUGUUUAACUAGCUUUUUGGUACAAUAAAGUAUUUUAAAUAAA